AUGGCACUUCCCGAUUUGGAUGGCAUGAAUCAGUUGAGCAUCGAACUACAACUUGAUACCGAUGUCAAUCUUUUUCCGAUAUUCUCAACAACAUCCACGUGUUCAUCACUGGAUCCGAAAUUUGCUCCAUACGCGCCAUCAUCUCCGAUCGACUUCAAAUGCGAUCAUCGACCGUCUAUUCCGACUUCAGAAACGUCUUUGCUGCUUUCGUCUCAAGGAGAUUCACUGCGCAAUAGCCUCAGCCCCAUGACGCCUUAUUCAUCCGAUAUAAUGGAUAUGAUGAUGACCAGCGGGGCUUCAAUGGGUUGCACAACCGCGGAUCUAAGCAUCUAUCGGAUGUUCCAGUACAGCGACCCUGCGCCUGAGGAAGGAAGCUUUCACUGGAACGCGUCAGAAUCCAAGCAGCGCUUACCAGGCCAAUCCGCAGCAUUCAAUACGCCGCAGCAGUAUUCGGUCAAGCAGCAACAUCCCGAAGUCUUCUUAUCGACAAAUCAAACUCUUGUUGCUGGAGCCGCUCUGGAAUCAUCAUUGUCACGGUCGAUUUUCCACAGUCGACAGCCCUCAGAUACUCUUGUGGCAGAACACAUGACCCAGUGGCGACCUUCAAUGCUGCAAACCCCGCCGCGAACGGUAGCUCCUAGCGCUACAUUCCAGCCUAUAGUGCCUUCCUCGCCUGCCUAUCAUCUUACUCCGUCGACGCCAAUCCAAAACAAGUAUGAGACUCCUAUAGCAUCCGGGACAGCCAGCACUCCGUACUCAUCAUCCCCAAUCUGCUCAUCAUCCAAACAGCUUGUUUCCAUUCAUGAAGAUUCGAAUUGUUCCAUCGUCCAGCCGACUCUGGUGAGGAACUUGAGACAGUCGAAAUGUAAAGGAUCAGGUCGAUCGAGUCGUAGAACAGCCGAAAGGAAACAGAGCGGCCGCUCUGGACGUCCCUCAAAGCCACGUAUGAGCCGGGAAGGUAUGGAAUACCCUGAGUAUAUUCCGGAGAAUCAAUGGCCCUGUACUGCAGAAGACUGCGUCGACAAAAAUGGCAAACGAAAGAAGUUCAAGAGACAGGAACAUUUGAAACGUCAUCAACGCACGUGUCACACUGGGAUCAGACCGCAUUAUUGUUGGGUACCUGGUUGCACCACGAAGCCAUUCAGCCGAACGGACAAUCUGAACAGCCAUCUCCACAAAACUCACGGCAAGAACUCACCCGCCGCACGAAACAGGUACAUCGCGACACUAGAUCCAAAGAGUGGGGUGUAUGAUGUUGAUUAUCGGGGCCCCUUCACCGAGUCAGGGUGGCCCAUCAGAAGCAAAUAA